GCUCUCAAUAAAUACCCCAUUUAGAAGGAGGAUAAAAUCUCACCUAACACCAAAACGACGACGUAAUACUCCGAGAUGCCAGCCGGAGACUACCACCGUAAUGCCUCGCCGGCGGCGCCACAUCCACCGACAGACACGGCUGAAGAAGCCAUAUGGUUAUGGACACAAAUCAAAGCCGAGGCUCGGCGUGACGCGGAAGCCGAGCCGGCAUUAGCUAGCUACUUAUACUCGACUAUACUCGCUCAUUCUUCACUUGAACGUUCACUGUCUUUCCAUUUAGGAAAUAAACUUUGUUCUUCAACGCUUCUUUCUACUUUGCUAUAUGAUUUGUUUGUUAAUACUUUUUCGACUGAUCCUGACUUACGCGCCGCCGCGAGUGCUGAUCUACUGGCGGCUCGGUACCGUGACCCGGCUUGUGUUUCGUUUUCUCACUGUUUGCUUAAUUACAAAGGCUUCCUUGCCUGUCAGGCACAUCGAGUAGCUCACAAACUUUGGACCCUAUCCCGAAGACCACUUGCACUUGCACUUCAAUCCCGGAUCUCUGAUGUUUUCUCGGUUGACAUUCAUCCAGCUGCCAAAAUCGGAAAAGGCAUCCUCUUUGACCAUGCAACAGGAGUGGUGGUUGGUGAAACUGCAGUUAUUGGAAACAAUGUGUCGAUUCUUCACCAUGUAACCUUAGGAGGAACUGGUAAGAUGGGUGGUGACCGACACCCUAAGAUUGGGGACGGGGUGCUCAUAGGUGCAGGUGCCACGAUAUUAGGGAACGUAAUUAUUGGUGAGGGGGCCAAGAUUGGUGCCGGAUCAGUAGUAUUGAUUGACGUGCCACCACGAACAACUGCAGUUGGGAAUCCAGCAAGGUUGGUGGGAGGAAAGGAACAGCCAACUAAGCAUGAGGAAUGUCCCGGAGAGAGUAUGGACCAUACAUCUUUCAUUUCUGAAUGGUCUGAUUAUAUCAUAUGACUUACUUACCAUGUAUGCUAUAUCUGCAAAAUAACAAGAAGUCGUCUUGGAGUCUAGCAGAGAGGACAGAGGUUAAAUCUUAAUGCUGUUUUUCUGCUUUCACAUACUGUCUCAGAGGGUUGAAGGCUGUUAUUUUUAUGCAGAGAUAUCUUCCUGGGGUCUCCUUACAGCAAUUCCCAUUGAUGGCACAAAUAUAUAUGUAUUAUGAGUUCAGUUCUACAAAUUGCCUUUCGGCUUUAAAUAUGUUAGAAGCGACUGUCUGGCUUAGUGUCGUCCUAUUAUUGUUCUUAUGUAUUCUAAUUUUAACGAACAAGGUAGUUAUGUUGUGUGAUAUUUCUGAACCAAUAAGGGUGAUUCGAACCCACCAGUCCUGCAUUCAGUUUAUAAAAUCCAUAGUUCUGCGGGCUUGUGCUAA